AACGUGAGUCAGGUACAUAAAUACAAAAUACUGUAGCGUUUAGAAAGCAUUCUUACAUUAUCCAUCACAAAUUUCAUCGGCCCCAGCCUACGAGAGAAUAAUGAAAAUCCUUCCGCAAGUUUUACGAAGAAAAUUGUCUAUCUUGAAACCAUAUCUGCCCUACGGCGUUCUAGAGCCAUGGGACGAUCUAAAUCCCCGACUUUACCACGCCGUUCACAUUUACUGGCUUAAAUUUUAUGGCAUGUGGUAUAACAAAUAUUCUUUAAAUAGCGUUUACUUCUGGCUUCAAAUUAUUUAUAGCGCAAUUGUGCUGUACCUUGUUUGCUUGAUGCCCAUGAUUGGAGAGGUUGUGUAUCUACUAAGACGGCAAGAUAACGUCGGAGAAAUAGCUGAAGGGUUAUAUUUAUUCCUCAGUGAAAUGUACACAUAUUUUAAGCUAACAGUAUUUUGGUUGAAUAAGCGGAAAAUUUUGAGUCUUCUAAAAUAUUUGAAUUGCAAGGAAUUCAAGCCAGAAGAGCCGGAGCACCGGGAUAUUUUACGAAAAAGUAUAAAAACAGCCCGCUUUGUAAUGACGUCAUACUCCACCAUGUGUGUUGGAGCCGUUUCAGUUGCUAUUAUAAUGCCGUUCACGGAAAAUUUCGACAUAUUACCGACGAAUGUUGAAUACCCAUACAUAGAUGCUACUAAGCCUCCUGCCUACGUAUUAUUAUAUAUUCACCAUGUAUAUUAUAAACCAGCGACUUGUAUUAUUGAUGGCGUAAUGGACACUAUUUUAGCAGCCUUUGUUGCAUGUGCGAUUGGACAAAUAAAAAUUCUAUCGUUCAAUCUGCGUAAUUUCGAUAUAAUAGCGGAGAGGAAAUGCAAAAGAGCAGAAGCGAGGCAGUCAUAUAACAUCGGACACCACGAGUAUUACACGAAAUUGGUUCUCAAGAAGUGCAUUAUACAUUACAACGCUAUCAUACGAUACGUAUCAAUGAUCGAGAGCGCCUUUAGCCUGGCUUCGGCACUACAAUUCAUGUUGAGUGUUAUGGUUCUUUGUUUAGUUGGAGUUCGAUUUUUAUCGAUCGAAAACCCGAGAAGUCACCCCAUACAAAUCAUUUGGAUGGCAAUUUACCUGACUUGUAUGUUAAUAGAAAUAUUCAUUCUGUGCUGGUUCGGGAACGAGCUCAUUUUGAAGAGCUUAGAGCUUCGUCAAGCAGCGUAUGAUGGGCCGUGGAUGAUUUUGGAGCCAAAGACAAGAAUGCUUGUUAUUGUGUUCAUAGAACGGUGCAACCGACCUUUGAGGGUCACUGCAGGGAAGAUAUUCACGUUGUCACUUGAUACUUAUACAAAUCUGAUAAAUUGGUCGUAUAAGGCAUUUGCAGUGAUGAGAAAUAUGAAGAAAUAGAAAUCCGCGAAUUACGAAGCGAUUUAUUUUUAGUAGCUUAUUUAUUUAUAAGUAAUUCUGUUUAUUAUAGCGAAAUUAAAUCCUUAUCACUACAUACAAAUCCUAGUUUGCUGUUUAUAAAGCGAUUAACAAACCUAA